GGCCCUGAAUGCCGGCUGGUCUCUUAGCCGGCGCGGAACGUAGCGGCGCUGCAUUUCAGGAACCGUCGUCGACGGCGUCAUCACUGUCAUAGUUCGAUCGUUGCGUUCUAACGAUCAUUCCCUCGAGGGAGAGAAACCGAACGGAGUGGAACCGUGUCUUUUAAGGCGUACAUUGGUAUCGUCCGAAGUACGCCGACGUCACGGUAGUGUGUGCGCGUGUAUUUGUUUGAUUGCAUGAUCAUUGACAAUGACCAUGACCGUGGAGGUUUACUACGACGGUUUUCGAACUUUUUCUUGGCUUGCUGAUUUCAUCGACUUGCCGAUUGACCAGGUGAAUUUUCUACUAACACAGUUCACAGCACUGAUAUUGGCUGGAUUUUUAAGAACUUUUCUUAGUCCUGCUACCGUAACACCAGCAACCAGACAUGUAUUUGGUCUCGUCAUCGGCCUCAUGCUUGGAUAUUUCUGCUUUGGCAGGCAGGCGAUACACCUUGCAGGCCUUCCCGCCUUAUGUUACAUAGCAAUGCGUACACAAAAUCCUCGUAAUAUACAGAGGGUUGUACUGACGACGGCGCUGCUCUACUUAUCUUGCGUGCAUUACCAUCGACAGAUGUACAAUUACGGCUCGUACACACUCGAUAUUACUGGACCACUUAUGGUGAUAACGCAGAAAGUAACCAGCCUCGCGUACAGCGUACAUGAUGGGUUAAUGCGACGUGAAGAGGAACUUACGCCAACGCAACGUCAUCAAGCCGUGAAAAAGAUGCCAACAACGUUAGAGUACUUCAGCUACGUCUUCCAUUUUCAAGCAUUGAUGGUUGGACCGGUGAUAUUUUAUCGUGAUUACAUCGAUUUUAUUCAUGGACGUAAUUUAGCUGGAACGAAAGCUUUGACGGGCUAUGAUAAAAAUUCCGAUCGUUAUAAUGAAAUAAUUCUGGAACCAUCCCCGAUACCGGUCGUAAUAAAGAAGGUCGUAGUGAGCAUGUUGUGCGCGAUUAUGUUCGUGAUUUUCUUUCCAACGUAUCGAAUUGAAAAGCUAAAAGACGAUGACUUCUUACAAAAUACGUCGGUGUUUUACAAGAUGUGGUACUUGAUGGUGACCACUAUGCUAAUUCGUUUUAAAUACUAUCAUGCGUGGAUCUUCUCCGAUGCGAUCUGCAAUAAUUCUGGGAUUGGUUUUAAUGGAUAUGACGAGAAUGGUGAAGCUAAAUGGGAUUUAGCCUCUAAUGUUGAUGUCUAUGGUUUCGAGAUGUCUCUUAAUUUAAAAGAGAGUAUCGAACAUUGGAAUAAAGGAACUAAUAGAUGGCUUAGGUCGAUCGUAUAUGAAAGGGUAGAUCACAAUAAACUUGUAUUCACAUAUGCCCUUUCUGCCUUGUGGCAUGGAUUUUAUCCCGGUUAUUAUUUAACAUUCGCCAACGGAGCCUUUUUCACUUUAGUGGCACGAGCCGCUCGUCGUAAUAUACGACCAUACUUCCUUGUCUCCAAGAGAAUGAAGUUCCUUUACGAUGCGCUUACGUUUAUUUCAACGCGAAUUUUGAUGGCCUACAUAACAUUCAGCUUUAUACUCUUGGAAUUUAUGCCAAGUAUCAUGAUGUACCUGUCUGUAUACCUGUUUCUACAUAUAAUCGGUUUAGCUAUACUAUUAAUCGCACCACGUCUUCCGAAAGUCUCAUCGCACAAGAAAAUUACCGAGAAAGAAUCGAAUACUUCUCAGGAAUUAAUCAAUGGAACUGCACGCAAAUCUAUGUGAACUCUACUUCGAUGUGGCCAAAAAAGGGAUGAUCACACAAGAGAUAUAUAUUUUUUAUGAAUGUUUUAAUAUUCAUAUAAAUAUUAUGUAUAUAUUAUAUA